AUGUCUGAGAGGGCGACGCGGUCCGGAGGGGCCGCCCGGCGUUCUGGGCCCCAGUCCCCAUCUCCUAUCAAGUCUCUGCGGAGAUCCCAGCGGAAAUCAGGCUCUGCGCUCCCCAGCACCCUCCCUAAAAUCUGGCCACAGGCGGCCCAUGAGGCCUCGGUCAGAAAGCCCAUCGUCUUGAAGAAGAUUGUGGCGCACGCGGUAGAGAUCCCAGCUGUCCUGACGCCUCGCAGGAGCACUAGGAUAGCUUUUUUCCUAGAGAAAGAGAACCAUCCUCCUACCAAGGAACCUACUAAGGCAGACCUCUUCAAGACGUGCAAUGUGCCUGUCACCCCGGCUACCACUCCCAUGCUGUUAGCCCCGAGUAGCCAGUGCAGCCCCAGGAGGGGACACCUGGAUGCCAGAGACUUGGAAAUGGCCAAGAAAGUCAGACGAUCGUACAGCCGACUGGAGCCCCUCAGCUCCACCUCCACCCCGGGCCGCCGCUCCUGCUUUGGCUUUGAGGGGCUACUGGGUGAAGAUUUGGCUGGAGUCUCGCCUGUGGUGGGCGCGAAGUCAUUCGAGGUCACUGGCGUCCACGUGAAGCCCUGGGCCCCGGACACAACUCUCCCUGGAAUCUCUCCCCCAACCAUGAAAGAGAAACGGAAGAAGAAGAAAGUGCCAGAGAUCCUGAAAUCAGAGCUGGAUGAGUGGGCCGCGGCCAUGAAUGCUGAGUUUGAAGCUGCUGAGCAGUUUGAUCUCCUGGUUGAAUGA